AUGAACUGGGUCGGCGGCAGCCGGAGCAGAAUCAUAUUAAAGCAGGAAAGGAGAAAGCAAAAGGAAUUCUUUGAAAAGAAGAAACUUAAAUCAAAGAUGAAGCUUCUGGAGGUAUCAUCUCCUAAAAGCUCAGCAGUCAGUUUAGAUCUCCUCAAUCUGUAUGUUGUUAACCAGAUAUCAACAAAAAAAGACAACACCGAGAACGUGAGGAAGCCAGUCCACAUUAAUAUCACUGAAGAUGUAAAAAUACCUAUUAGGAGGCACAACAUAGAGCUUCCCAUGUCACCACUACGUACGCAACACACGCCAAACUUAGAUGACAUCCAGAACAGGUUACAAAAGCAAGUAUUGGACAGCAGAAGGCAGCAUCUCUCGGAGAAAGUAGAAUAUCAGCAUAAUUUAUCACAAGUAACAGAAUUAAUGUGUGCUGACUCUAGUAUGGAACACGAAGACAACAUGGCAAGAGCUUUUAGUACCUGUCCAUUGUCCUCUUCUGUUUUUUGGUCCUCUAACUGUACACAAUUUUCAGAAGAAAAUUUCAACACAAACCUAAUGGGCAACACUUGGCAACAGACCUAUGAAGAGAAGCUGCAAAACCAGCCAGGAAAUAGUUCUGAUCAAGACCCUUGGAUUACAAAACCUUCAAGCCAGUGUAUUUUCAGGAAGUCUGAUAGGGUGCCUCAGGAACUGUUUAGGCCAUUGCAUAGGCCAGACUAUAUGAAUUCUGCCAGGAAAAAUCCAGUGAUAAUGACCAGUAACGAAUCAGAAAACAGUGAAGGAAUUAAAGAACCAUUGUUUGAUGUUGUGAAAGAAACUGCAGAACUGAAAGCUCCCCAAGAUGGUAGUGAUUGUUCCUUUCUGGCACUGUUUGAAGAUGAGAAACAACCAAUCCAUAAUAAUCCUUCCACAAACCAUUUUAAUCCUUCUGUUAACCAAAGUAAUGCUGCCAUUUUUUACAUUGAUCCUGAUGAUAGAAAUCCCAUUUUUUACAUUGAUCCUGAUGAUAGAGAUCAAAUGACCAACAGAAAUUUUCCCUGUAAUACUAGAAAGGCUUAUCCUGCAAGCAGUGCAAAAAAAAGUUCCAUAGACAGACACCUCGAAGGCAUUUUCACAGCUCCUGAACAGGUUUUACUUAAAAGUAACAGUGCCGCAAGUGCAAACUACAGGAAAACCAGUGGACUUCAUAAAAUCCACCUGCAGGACUUUCAUGAGGGACAGCACUACUUCAUACACUCUGAAAGCAAAGAAAAACCUGCAGACCUUGAAAAACUUGAGACAUUUGCUUAUCACCAUGAUCAGCCGAUUAACUUAAAGGAGAAUGUGCAAAACUAUUCAAGAAAAAAAAGUAAUGAUGAGUCUGUGAAAGAGUCAGCCUGGAGACAGAACCAGCUCUUUGGAUUUGAAGAGUUCACAGCACAAGAGAAAGACUGUAAGUUUGGAGCGAGUUCAAAUCUUCAUGAGAUGGAGAAGGAUGUGGAGUCAUCACUCAGCAGCCAGUCUCCCAGUUACUCUCCAAGGCAGACAGAGAGCUGUUUCAGCUCUAGUCCUGACACGUCUGAAGAGGAAGACACAGCCAAAAAGAAGGAAUAUCUGAAUGAACGGUUCUUGAAGAUAGAUGAUGCUAACACAGUCUCAGCCUCAGCAAGCAGAGAGCCUCCCAAGACCUCUCACACCAGAAGUGUGCCUCUCCAGCCCAGCAGUAUUUUGACUAGAGAAGAAGCAAACCAUCUUCAGGAGAAAGACUCUAUUGUACAUGCCACAGAGGAGGAAAAUAAAGACCACAUCACCCCAUCUGAGGACAGCUCAUUACACCGAGCCCUUAAAAAAGAGCAUGUCACGUGCAGUACCAGGUGUGACGCUUGGUCGCAGACAGAGAGCUCUGUUACAGAAGUAAGGAAAGUGGAUGUUGCCACCCAGUGUGGCCCCCUGCAGAUGUGCAGCUGUGGGAGCUCCCUCCCCUCUGCCCCCAGCCCGGGGGGGGUCCCUCCUCCCAGCACCGCAGGCACCGCUGGAGGGCACAAAAUGCCAGCACAUGAGGUGCUGCAGCCUGCAGGCGCAGGCAGUGCAGCUGGAAUAGUGGCCUUUUCUUCUGAAGCCGAGUAUCCGAGUUUGGCUGGCAGAAGGACUCUAGAGGUGCUGAACUACAUUGAUAUAAUGAAGGAGAAAGAUAAGCAGUGA